AUGUCUAAGAAACGGGCUGCCAGCGACGAUGAAGUGCUCGCCUAUUCCGAAUCGAAGAAAUCAAAGAUCGGGAUUUCAAAGAGUGUCCUAAUAGAAGGUUCUCAGCAGAAUCUACAAAAUGAGGCAUAUACCGUAGGCUGGAUUUGCGCUAUUACUACCGAAUAUGUCGCAGCUCAAGCUUUCCUCGACGAAAAGCACGACGGACCGGAACAUGUGCACGUUCAUGACGAGAACGAUUACACUCUUGGUCGAGUUGGGAAACACAAUGUCGUUAUCGCCGUUCUACCUAACGGUGAAUACGGUAUUUCCUCUGCAGCAGGUGUCGCAAGCGAUAUGCUCCACACCUUUCCCAAUAUUAGAAUCGGGCUGAUGGUUGGCAUUGGUGGGGGCGCACCAACUCCCAAGCAUGAUAUCCGUCUGGGUGAUAUCGUGGUCAGCGCUCCUUGUAAUGGGAAGGGUGGUGUAAUUCAAUACGACUUCGGCAAAAAUAUCCAGGAUCAGAGCUUCCAACUAACGAGGUUCUUGAACCAGCCACCAAAGGUCCUACGGGCGGCCAUGAGUGGGCUCAAGGCAAAAUACGAGCUAGACGGUCAUCAGAUUGACGAGGCUAUUAACAGAAUUCUGGAAGAGAAACCAAGACUGAAGAAAUAUAAACGGCCUAGUCCAGAAAGCGAUAGACUAUACCAGUCAACCGUCAAACAUCCUCCAGACAAUGAGAAAAACUGCACCGUGGUCUGUGGAGACCACCAGUCGGACUUAAGGCCGCGAGACGAACGAGCCGAAGGUGAAGAUAAUCCAGCAAUCCACUACGGUCUGAUUGCCUCGGCGAACCAAUUAAUGGAGAACGCUUUGCUUCGGGACAAACUAGCAGAGGAUAAGGGGGUCCUAUGUUUUGAGACAGAAGCGGCAGGAUUAGUGAACCAGUUCCCUUGUCUAGUUAUUCGAGGCAUUUGCGACUAUUCCGACACUCAUAAGAAUGAGAGGUGGCAAGGAUAUGCAGCAAUGGCAGCAGCUGCAUAUGCAAAGGAUAUUCUUUGCCGAAUUGCUCCAAACAAGGUCGAGGCUGAGAAGAAGAUCUCUGACCUUCUUUUAUCUGUGAAGAACGAUAUGAGUAAAUUGCGAUGCGAUGUUCAAGACGCAAGGUCUGCUGUACAAGGCAUAUCAUUCGAGCAGAAGCGAGGGAAUAUUGAAAGCUGGCUAUCACCAUCAGAUCCAUCCACAAAUUACAACAAGGCAUUACAACAACGCCAGGAAGGCACAGGUUGCUGGUUCCUAAGCACUCCUGCGUACUUCCAAUGGAAGACACAGCGGAAUUCCUCCUUGUGGCUUUACGGCAUACCCGGAUGUGGCAAGACAAUCCUUAGUUCCACAAUUAUUGAAGACUUGGAUAAGAAGCCCCCCGGAUCAACUUUCCUCUACUUCUAUUUCGACUUUAGCGAUAUCCACAAGCAGACACUUGAAAACAUGGUCCGAUCCCUAAUUGGCCAGCUGUACUCCAAGUGUGAGAAUACGCGGAAGCAAUUGGAUUCGCUCUUUUCCUCCUGUGAACGUGGGCGUCGUCAACCCAAAUGCGAGUCACUUUGCCAGGUUCUCUCCCAAAUGCUAGAUCCCUUAGAAGACGUAUAUGUUGUUUUAGAUGCCCUUGACGAGUGUUGUACGCGGAUGGGGUCACACACUGAAGGAUUGCUCUCAUGGAUAAGAGACCUGCUAGGCUCAAGGCAAAGAAAUGUCCACCUUCUUGUGACAAGUCGGCCGGAGCAGGACAUUCAAUCAAAGUUGAACGACUUGGUUCACGAGGAGAAUAGAAUUCACCUCCAGAGCAAUCUUAUCAGUGAUGACAUCUAUGCCUACAUUCACACUAGGGUAAGGGAGGGUGAUGGUUUAAGGAGAUGGCGAGAACGUCCUGAAGUUCAGGACGAGAUUGAAGCCGCACUUGUCCAAAAGGCCAACGGCAUGUUUCGAUGGGUUACAUGCCAGAUUGAUGCGCUCGAAAACUGCUUGGAGUAUCGCUCUCUCAAAAGGGCACUUGUCUCCCUCCCAAAAACAUUAGAUGAAACUUACAGCAGAAUUCUACAAGCUAUUCCUUCCGAGCACAAGCAAUACGCCACGAUCAUUCUUCAGCUUAUUACAUUCUCAGAGCGACCAUUAACGAUCGAGGAGGCUGUUGAUGCAAUAGCAGUGGACACAAAGGGGAAACCAUACUUUGAUCCGAAGUACAGGAUGCCUAAUCCUCAAGAAAUUUCGCGUUAUUGCUCAAGCUUAGUGGCUGUUGUUUCUAUCACGGAGCAUUCGAACAGGGGUAAUCAUGUGGAGCUUCAGUUGGCUCAUUUCUCAGUGAAAGAAUAUCUGAUGUCGACUCGACUGGACAGCGAUAUCGCGCAUGAUUUUCAAGAGUCUACUGCUGGAGCAGCAAUUGCAAAAACUUGUCUAGCGUAUCUCCUGCACUUCAACCAGAAAAUUCCACGAAAUGAGAUUGUGAAGUGCUUUCCAUUCGCACAAUAUUCAGCAAGAUUCUGGAUGAGAAAUGCAGUAAGGGCUAAGGAUUCAGACAAUACAGUGCUAGAUUUCAUUGAGCAGUUUUUCUGUGACCAGAAAUGCUCAUAUGAAAUCUGCUACAGCCUUUAUAGACCAGAUUUGCAAUUCAACGGACCGUAUGAGGGCCAAGGGAACCCAGCACCGGCCUUGUAUUAUGCUGCAUUUGGGGGCUUACUGCAGACGGUGAAUUGCCUCUUAAACCGAGGUACCAACCUUCAUUUCGAGGCCACGAGCAGAUUGUGA